AGGGACCAGCAGCUUGGCUCCAGCACAGAUCAGGUGAGUAAUAUGCCAAAGAGUGAUUUUUUUUUUUAAUUUUAUGUUUUCUCUUUCCCAACAAGAUUAUCAUUUACGUUUAAUAAAAACAAUAACAACAAAAGAAAACAGUCAUCCUGGGGCCUACAGCCAGACCAUUCUGAAGGUGUCUUACCUCCUCUGAUCUAGGGAGCACCAUGAAGCUUCUCACGGGCCUGGUUUUCUGCUCUUUGGUUCUGGGUGUCCACAGCUGGUUUUCCUUCAUUGGCGAGGCUUUUGGUGGGGCUCGGGACAUGUGGAGAGCCUACUCUGACAUGAGAGAAGCCAAUUACAUCGGCGCAGACAAAUACUUCCACGCUCGGGGGAACUAUGACGCUGCCCAAAGGGGACCCGGGGGUGCCUGGGUUGCAAAAGUGAUCAGCAAUGCCAGAGAAGAUAUUCAGCAAUUCUUGGGCCAUGGUGCGGAGGACUCGCUGGCUGACCAGGCUGCCAAUGAAUGGGGCCGGAGUGGCAAAGAUCCCAAUCACUUCCGACCUGACGGCCUGCCUGAGAAAUACUGAGCUUCCUCUUCACUCUGGCCUCAGGAGACCUGGCUGUGAGCCCCCCAGGGCAGGGAUACAAAGUGGGGAGAGGCAGACACAGUAAAUGUCUAAUAAAUACUUAAAAGAUGGAA